AUGAUCACUGGGACGGUGCUGGCGAUCUUCUGUCCCCCGCGGGCCGUCGCUCUCCUUGCCACCAAUCCCCUCGUGGUCGGGCAGGUCAGCGCUCACCCCGAGCGCCUCCGCGGUGAUCUCCGGCGACGCGGGGGAGGGGGUCGCCUGGGCGUCGCUGGGAUUCGGGUCGCCGCGAGUAGUCCCCUCCGCGUCCGCACUAGGCUGGUGCGGGCGAGUGGGGAGCCGACUCACGUGCACAUUGAGGUGACCAACGGCCCUCCCUUCGCCGUGGAUCCUGGCCAGGUGGCUCCUCUGCGCGCGCCGACGCUGCGCGAAUAUCUGCCCGCGCGAGAGGGGAGGGCUCAGUUUCGCACCCCUCAUCAGGUCCCGGGCUUCUCCGCGCAGCGCUUCUCUGUUGGCCGGACUCCUGGCUGGCCGACGGCUUUUCCAUGCGAAGCUCCGACUGCACCUCCUCCCACUCACUCGAAGAGAGACCCCAUGCUGACCAUGUGCUGGAUUCUGAAUCUGGCGGAGGCGUUCGAGGUGGUGGCGAACCUGCAACUGGCGGUGUGUGGGGCCACGCGGAACUUUCCAUGCAGUUACGGUCCAAGGUCCCGAGGAUCCUGCGUGUCUUUGGCAGAAUCUCUCGAGUCGCCGUUGGCACCCGUGUCGGAAGCGCCCGCCGGGGUAGCGCCCUUAGCGCGUACCUUCCCCCGCCACGUGGGGGAUCUUGUUGGGGCUGCUCGAGUCGGGACCCCAGUGGACACACUUCAGUCGUCGGCGCAUCUCCUCCUUGCGAUGUCGGCGUGCAUGCGCUCGAUGCUUGAGGUGGAGGGGGCGGAGCCGUACACGAUGUAG